AUGACCGGCCGGCUCUUUCUGUGGGCAGUUCUCCUGCAAAACGUUGCCGUCCAGGCCCUUCAUCAUCAUGAGGCGUUGCGAGCGAAGCUGGAUUACAUAAAAAAAGGUAUGGACACAACAGCUGAUCCUUGCAAUGAUUUCUUCACUUAUGCUGCCGGAAAUUUUCAUCAGGAGAAUGAUCGUAACUUCACGAGACGUCUACUGGAAUCAAACAUUGGAGAUGAGGUAGGACUUAGUAUGACGAAACGCUUUUUGAUCUUAAUUUACAUUUUUUUUAGUCUAUGCGGUCAUUUUUUUAAAUUUCAGAUCCGAACCGUCAAGGAAAUUAAGCCGUUGCUCGCGGACUGCAAGAAGAAUCCCGUCAUGAUGGAAGAACCGCGCCGUACAGCAAUAUACAUUCGGAUUGUGACCAAUUUGGAACAGAGAGGUUUUAAAUUCCCAAUGAACAACGAAGUUAUCGCCAAUAACGACGUCCUUUUUACCAACCUAGUCUUGAAAAUGUACAGUUAUCUGUUUAAAACGGGAGCCCCGAUUUUUAAUCAAUGGGCUUUCGGUGCUUCAAAGGGGAAAUUAUUUUUGAGGAUUCCACCAAAGGUCGACCAAGAACAAGCUUGGUAAGUUAUUUGUGCAUCAUAUGAACAUAUCAGUUCGUCGGGAAAAUAAUGUGGAUUAAUCGAGCCUUGAAAGCGCCCAUCAUCGCUUUGCAAGUUCUAGCCGCUGCGGGAUAUUUACAUAUUGCCAGAUUGAGACGACGAGGCGAGAAUUUCACUGCGAUAAAUCCACAUUAUUUUCCCGAAAGACUGGUAUAUGUAGGUGGUGACUGAUUAAUACUGGACCGCGGUUGAUUGAACACAUGAUAAUCUUCAGGCAGAAGUAUUGCAAUGUCUUUGGAGGAUGUGCUAAUCUGGUCUUCGAUCGGAAUUACAUGGCGAAAGGUUACGCACAGGCAGACCAUUUAAAAGGCCACUUCUUUUUCCAAACCAUGGGGACAGAAUUAAACGAGACGUUCCCGGAUAUUGCUUUCUAUAUUCCGCGCGUCCAAGAUGUAAGUUUGUGCCAAAUUUCAAUCGCUCAUAACCAGAGAUUUCCACGGCUCCGGAGCCGGCUCUUGGCUCCGGCUCUGAGCGGCUCCCGAGCCAAAAGUCGGAGCCAGACUUCCCAGCGGUCAGAAAAGUAAAAAUUUCGUGAUCUUGUUAAACCAAAUUAAUUGAAAAACACUGGGGAGGAUGUGACUUGGCUUCAAACGCGUUGGCUGUAUGAUCUCUGGCACUGAUAACAUUAAUUUUUGGAAAAAUAUUUUUAAAAUCUCUGCAUAGGAGCCGGGAUUCGGAGUCGGAGGCCUUUUUAAAUAUUGCACGGAGCCGAGAGCCGGAGCCGAAAUUUUGGCCGUGGCAGUCCCUGCGUUCCUAUCCGUCAGGUUGCUCUUCUAUUCGUUUAGCAAAAAACUUCAAGCGUUUAAGCCACACUUAAAAUUGCAGAUAUUCAAACUUCUUUUGGAUAUCUUUAGGUUUCCCUUUUCUUCCUGCAACCUGCGAAGAAAGGAAGAAUUAUAAACGAUGACUUUUUUUCAGCCCAGCCAGUCUGCUCAUCGUGCCAACUUUCUGAAUCAUCUAAUGGAGUAUUUAACCGAUCAUUUGCACCGCCCGGAAAAGUUUUCCCACUGUGAAGAUUAUAUUCAAGACGCGUUUCCCCUUCAAGUCUCCAAAAUUGCCUACGAAGCGGAGAUGCAAGACAAGGAGCGAUUUGAUCAGCUGAAAGCAAAAUUUUUCGAAGAAGGAAACGAGAUUAAGAAAACGGCUGAACGUAUGCUGCAAAACGCAAACUUCAAGCAGAAUCGGACCCGACAGAUUUAUCUGGACAGAUUGGCGAAGAAUGAGUUCAACUUUUUGGAUCAUCCAAUUCUUUCGGGAGAUGAGCUGAAUGCAGUGGAUCUGUUGCUUUGGGAUGCACCGUAUUUGAGGAGAUUUGUGAAUGGAAUAGCCAAUGUUUUCAAAUUUAACUCGGAGAAAAAGCUGAAGAAUUUUGUCGUCCCAGAGUACAAGGUAAGUCUAUUCGCAAUAGUUUUGCAAUUUUUUUGAGCAAGUUCAAAACCGUUUUUUUUCUAACUAAUAUGGAAUAGGAAAAACAGUAAUUUUUUCUAUUUUUUCAGGAAUAAAAUUUUGAUAUUUUGGGUUUUCAGUUUCGUACUUCCCCCUCUCGGGAGAACCAGCAAAAUUACUUUCACUUUCGCGCUGUUGAAUUUCCAUACUACGAUGUUGAUUUUCCCGCGUCUCUCGAUUUCUCCGGAACAGGGUUUUUGAUGUCCCGGGCAUUAGGCCACACCUUUGGCAAGUGAUGAAAUUUACCUUAAAAUAAUUUCCCGUUUUUUAGGAGUUAAUUUGCUGCAAAGUGACAAGGACCCGGACAAGGAGCAUCGUGCUCGGUGGGACUGUAUUACAAAGCUCUACAGUCAACAAUGUGAGCCACAAAGACCGGACUUGUGUGUGAAUCCCAACAAAAUCGCUGACGAGGCAUUUGCGGAUCACGUUGGUGAGUAUUAGUCUCAUUACGGCAGGACUAGAUAAAAAUUCCUGGGCCCGUCAAUCCAAAAUAGAAGAAAAAAUGCCCCGCCCCUUUUUGGUGAUUCGCUCAAAACGAAAUGUCACUAUCCGAUAAAACGCAUUUUCACGAAGUUUCGAAACGGUUCAGGAAGUGCGCUGGAUUGACGUGUGGGGAAUCACCGGCAGCAAUUGAGCUGCCGGUGAUUUUUCUUUUUGAACCGUUCUUGAGCAACUUUAACGUUUUUCCAUUUUCAUUCUGCAAAGGCGGAAAAAAGGGAAAUUUUUGCUUCGACCACAAGCCUCAAAACAAGCGUCCACCGUUUUAGACUUACAUUAAUGUCGUUUUAGGUAUUCGUCUGGCCUAUUUUUCCCACUUCGUCCCUGGAAAUAUCUCGGAGCCCCGAUUAAUUGAACAGUUCUCCAACAGACAACUUUUUUUCCUAAACUUAGCCCAGACAAUGGCGUCUUUCGUCCCACUGAAUGCUCUUCCGUCAGCUCGAGUCCGUGUUUGGGCAGACCUUGCCAAUCUUAAAGGAUUCGCCGAGGCUUUUGGGUGCCCUGUUGGUUCGAAAUACAACCUUCCAGUGGACAAAAGAUGCAAUAUCUUUGACUUUGACAUCGAUAGCCCAACUUUCACGACGACGACGACCACCACCACAACUGCAACGACCACUACAACAACUACUACAACGACUACAGAGAUUACAACAACGGCUGCAACAACGACUAUACCAACUACUACUGAAUCAACUACAGAAACUUCUGCAGAAGCUACCCCAACCAUGACUGCAGCAAAGGCUACAACUAGCACUACAGCGGCUCACGAACCAGUCGUAACUGACGCAACUCCUCAUGUCAGUACGAACACCUCACCGGCACCUGGGCGAACUACUUCCUCCGAGCGCAGAAGUACUCCUUCUGCGCCAAAAACCACUCCCUCUGAGCCCAGAACUACUCCCCCUAAGCCAAGAACCACUCCUUCUCCGCCCACUCCCCCUAAGCCAAGAACUACUCCCUCUCCGCCUUCACCGGACCCAGAAGAUAGCCACGACGAAUAUGGAGAAGUUGCCCCCAAAAAGUCGAUUCUAUUGUCACCGCCGUAUGUCUUAUAUUCCAUAUUGGGAUUUGCCCGUUUUAUGAUCCAAUAA